AUGUAUGACGCCUUGACGGCUGGCAAGGUCGAGGAGGUCCAAGGGUACGCGGACCGCAACAAAUGGGAGAAUUUCUUAUCCGCGAUAAAGACUGUCUACGGUCUGCCAACCAAGGCAACUGCUCCUCUUUUCAGAGCUGACGGAAUUACCCUACUCACUGAGGAGAUGCAAAUUCUAAAGCGAUGGGCUGAACACUUCAGAGGCGUCCUCAACUGUUCCUCCGUCAUCUCCGACACCGCCAUCGUCCGUCUGCCUCAAGUUGAAACCAGCAUCAACCUCGACCUACCGUCCUUUCUCCAUGAAACCAUCAGGGCCGUGCAGCAGCUCUGCAGUGGGAAAGCGUCCGGAUCGGACACGAUCUUUGCCGAGAGGUACAAGCACAGUGGCCCACGACCCAUGGAUCAUCUGACGGCGCUUCUCAGGAGAUGUGGUGUCAAGGAGAAGUCCCGCAAGAUUUCAAAGACGCCACAAUCGUGCAUCUGUAUAAGCGAAAAGAUAAUCGCCAGCUCUGGCACAACCAUCGAGGCAUCUCCUUGCUGA